AUGGGCCGCCUCAUGUCUCUGGCAGCCUCAGCGCUGCUCGCCCUCCAGACCGUGACUGUCCAGGCCGCCAAGUGUCCUGCCGGUCUCGUACCCCGUGUGUGGGAAGGAAAGCAGUAUGGCUGCAAGUGCUACGUUGGUGAUGACUGCUGGCCUAAGAGCAAGGAGUGGAAGACGUUAAACUCAACCGUCGAUGGCAACCUUGUGAUCCACGUACCUCCGGAAGCGGCAUGCCACAACACCUUCGAAGGCCCUCUCGGAACCCUGGAGACUUACGAUGCGGAAAGGUGUGCCGAGGUUACUGCCAACUAUGCCGCAGAGCAGUGGACAACCGACCAGGACGCUCUCAACCUGUGGAAGUACUUCACAAAUGCCACUUGUACUCCCACCGAGAAUCCCGAGGAGCCAUGCACCCUUGGCUACUACGGUGUCUACGUUGUCCUCGCCAAGGAGCAUGCUCACAUCAAGGCCGGCGUCGACUUUGCUCGCAAGCACAACCUUCGUCUUAUCAUCCGCAACACCGGGCACGAUUUUAUUGGCCGCAGCACUGGCUGGGGUGCCCUCAUCAUCAACACUCACGUCUUCCAGGAUAUUGACUUUCUUGACAGCUUCACAGGACCUGGCGACUACGAUGGUCCGGCGGUCAAGAUUGGUGCUGGUGUUCAAGGUCGUGAGCUCAUCCGGACCGUGGCUGCCAAGGGGCUUGCCGUCGUCACGGGCGAAUGCCCGACUGUCGGUGUUGCUGGGGGUUUCAUCCAAGGCGGUGGCCAUGGCCCCCUUACCACGCUCUACGGCAUGGCUGCAGACCAAGUCCUCGAAUUCGACAUCCUCACCGUCGAUGGCGAGUACAAAACCGUCAACGCCGGCAACGAGCCCGAGCUCUUCUGGGCCCUCAAGGGAGGUGGUCCCUCUACAUACGCUAUCGUCCUCACCGUCACAGUCCGUGCCUACCCUGAGCUCCCCAGCGCCGCCGCGGACCUUUUCGUCAACUUCACUUCCAUCUCCGACCCCGAUGUGUUCUGGGAGGGCGUCCGCAUCUUCCACAAGCACAGCAACCACUUUGUCGACAGCGGCCUCUACGUCUACUUUGAGAUCGGCCCUAUGCUCUUCCGUGCGAAGCCCUUCGUCGCUGUUAAUCAGACCGCUGCUCAGCUCGAGGCUAUUCUCGCACCUAUGGUUGCUGAUUUUGAGGCCUCUGGGGUUCCUCACGAGUUGAGCGUCUUUGAGUAUCAGUCGCUUCAUGAUUUGUACCUUGACCGCUUCGAAGAUGAGGGCGCCGGUGCUUUCGCCCUGACUGGAGGCUGGCUCUUCACCCACAGGGAUGUCGAGGAGAAUAAUGACGAGAUCAUCGAGGCUUUUAAAACCGUCCUAAGCCCCCGUGAGGACCUUGUCAAUCAGGGCUUCAUGGUCGGUCAUCUCUUCAACGCCGGCCAUAAUCUUCCCGUUGCUCGGAGCGCAACUCACCCUCUCUGGAGAAAGGGUACCGACUUCAUCAUCUCUAUCCUCCCGGUUCCUCAGAACGCCUCUGUGGCCGAAAAAGCCGAUCUCCAGGACGUCCUAACCAACGUCCAGGAUGCCGCUCUCAGGGCCGCCGGUCCUUAUGGUGCCAGCUACGUCAACGAGGCUGACCCCUUCCAGCCUAACUGGCAGGAGCAUUUCUGGGGUGAUAUUUAUCCUGACCUCAAGACACUCAAGAAGAAGUGGGAUCCGCGCGGAAUUCUCUACGCCGUUUCUACUCCUGGAACUGAGGAAUGGGAGGUCAUCGAGUACGGUACUCGUCUUUGCAAGCGUAUUGAAUAA